GCGGCGCCGGGAGCAGGCACGCGCGCAGCUGGACAGAGAUCACGUCACCCGUUCUAGGCUCUGUGGGGACUGAGAACAGCCUACUUCACAAGGCUGUUAAACGCAAGCUCUGUUCUUUUCCUCAUGCCUCGCCCUCAGCGCAGCAUCCCAGUCCCAGAAGCCUUCCGAGCCCCGUUUCAUGUCGUUCAGCCCGCUUGCAAAGCAGCCGCUACAACCGGAAAACCGGCUGACCAGGAAGUCCCGCCUACCACCGAAGGAAGAGCCUUCAUUGGCUCCGCUCAGGUCUCCUCCUAGAGGCGUAAACGGCCCUGAGGGAAAUCAGAAGUGCUUCCGGGUAGUCACGGAAAGCGAAGCUUGGAGUCGGCAAGCGGGUGGGCGCCAUGGAGGAACCGGAGCGCCGGCGGCGCAGGAAGCGGAGCCCCCGCGGAAGCCGCUCGCCGCCUAGCCCGCCAGAGGAUGCCAGAGUGGCUUCAAAAAAGAAGAGCAAGUCCUCGAAUAAAAAACGGAAGAGGAGUCGAAGCCCCCGCCAAGUAAUCGGCAAAAUAAAGCAGGAGCGUCAGGAUCACUCCCGAAGGGGGCAUGAGGAACGUCAGCAUCGGGACCAUUCUGAGUUGGAGCAUAGAGGGGGGAGAAGUGGAGAUAGGGGUAGACACCGGGACCAUUCAAGCCGACGGAAAUCCCAUAGAGAACGCCCUGGGAGCCGUGAAAGGGAAGGUGAUCAUCAUCUCCAGGAGCAGCAAGCACAGAGGGAGUUUUACAAUGAACGACGGCGUGAACAUCGUCAGCUGUUGGAAGCAAGUGGUGAUGAGGAGAAUAGAAACACAGGGAGGCCAGGUAGCAAGAACACAGAAAAAGAACCAGAGAAUAAAGAAAAACCAAGCUUUGAACUGUCUGGUGCGCUUUUGGAGGACACCAACACUUUCCGUGGAGUGGUAAUAAAGUACACUGAGCCUCCUGAAGCGCGUAUCCCAAAGAAGCGGUGGCGCCUCUAUCCUUUUAAGAAUGAUGAGGUUCUUCCAGUCAUGUACAUUCACAGGCAGAGUGCCUAUUUACUAGGCAGACACAGACGCAUUGCUGAUAUUCCUAUUGACCAUCCCUCCUGUUCCAAACAGCAUGCUGUCUUUCAGUACCGGCUCGUGGAGUAUACUCGCCCUGAUGGCACAACAGGUCGGAAGGUCAAACCCUACAUCAUUGACCUUGGCUCAGGCAAUGGCACAUUUCUGAACAACCAGCGCAUUGAGCCUCAACGGUACUAUGAACUGAAAGAGAAGGAUGUCCUGAAAUUUGGAUUCAGCAGCAGGGAGUAUGUCCUCUUACACGAAUCAUCAGACACCUCCGAGGUGGACCAGAAAAAGGAGGAGGAGGAGGAGGAAGAGGAGGAAGAAUCAACAUGACAAUAGGCCGGGAAGGUGGACUGAACUUUUCCUGCAGUAGAGCUGGCAUCCUUAUUGUGGUGCUGGAGCCUCGCUGCCCUCUUGUCUUUCACUGCCUUAAAGUCUGCUGUCUCUUGACUUCUUAUUUGAGGAGCUUCUUAUAUACAUGUGGCUUUGAUGGUGCUGGGCUUUUUUGGGUAAUAAAGAAAACCACUGCUUUUAAGGUGGGUUUUGUUAACCGAAAGGUGUUCUGGAUGCUCAUGUGGCCUGGCAGCUCCUCAGUGAAUUAUUUUUACAUAAAACUUUGCAGCAACAAACAGUCCUGAACACCACAAAGCUGCUGCUUCUCUUCCUCUCCCUCCCCUAAAAGUCCAAGAUAACUGUUAUUUUUUCUUUCUUUUGCUUGCAAACUGUUAAAAAGAUAAAUGCUACUUAAAAAAUACUAAGUGGGGUCUUGAGAUAGAGAAAGCCAGAUGUUUUUCUGUAAUGUCUAUGUUUGGUUGAUUUAUUCAUAUGUUAAAGUUAGGAAUUUGUAUGAUUUUUUUAAAUGCUUUGUGUAGGCAGUUGGUAUCCAGUGAAGUUUUCAAAGAUAUGGUUUGCAGUGUGUAUAUAAAGUACCCUCAGUCUUUUCUCUGGCUUUUUAUCACUGAGGUGAAGGGGUUCGAGCUGGUUUCUGAGACUCCUGUUCUGCUCACGCAUUUCUGAUAUGAUGGAGAGUGUUUUCCAACAAAAUAUUAACAGUAGAUUCCUUUGUGUCGAAUUCCCACAGGAGACAAAUGGUUUAUUAUGAUUUGGGAAUGGGAAGGAAAUUUAUUUCACUGAACUGUUUUGUGCCCUAGAACCACUCAUUGUACAGUGCAACUCGAUGUACUUGGUUAGUAACUUUUCCCAAAAGCAAUUUCUAUUUGCCGAAAUGCUGAAUAUAUAGGUUUAGAACUAGGGCGAUUGAGCUGAAAUGCAAUUCCUAAAUGAUACCUGAGAGGAACGUUUCAAGACAGCAGCAUCUUCUUUACUGUAGUUAUUCUUUUUAUUUGAUAAAAAAGAUUUGUAAAUUUAACUUGA